AUGGUAGAUGAUAACUCAAGAUCUAAGGAAGGACUAGUGAUUGAAGAUGUUGAAUCAAUGACAAUACAAGGUGUUGCUCCUAAGGAUACAAAAACAAAAUUGGGGUCAAUGUCAAUUGAUCAAUUUCUUAAAGAAAAUGGAAGCGCUGAUGAUGAAGACAAAAAUAUUCAAAAUGGAAGUGAGGAGGCGGAACAAUAUGUUGGAGAUGGAAAUACAUACCAAGAUGAAGAUGGUGAAUUGAAUGAAAAAGAAGCGAGGAAUUCAACCUUUUGUCCCUUGAUUUACACAAGUUUCAAAGCUUUACUCAAAGAUAAAGAUAAUAAGGCUCAUAUAUGGACAUAUGUUCUGGAAAAGUUCAAUAUUAGUGAUAAAGGAGAGAAAGCCGUAUUUACUCGUAUAAAUGAUGCAUGGAGACGCUACAAAAGUUUUAUCAAGAAAAAACACUUUUCAAAGUACUCCACAUUGAAGGAUCGGCUAAAACAUCGUCCUUUAUUCCUUUCUGAAGCUCAUUUCAAGCAAUUGCUCAAAUAUUGGAACAUUAGUAUUAUCCAGCGUACCAAGAAAGAGGUAGGAGAAAAAGUUACUCAAGCUGAAAUGUUUAUUACAACUCGUCAACGUCGAGAAGGCCGAAAAGGAAAAGAAUUGGAUGAAGAAACACAUAAUGCUAUUAUUAAGCUUCAAGGUUCCAUUCAAAACUCAAGUGAUUCUGUAGAACAAACAUUUAAAUCACUGUUUGGAAAAGAAAAGCCUGGAAGGGUACGUUGUUACAGAAAGACUAUGAAACCAUCACAAUUUAGGAAAAAUGAAGAAAUUGCUGCCAUCAAGAAAGAACAUGCAAACGCAAUUAGUGGUAUGGAAAAGAAAAUACAAGAUCUACGAGCAAUUGUAAAUUUUGUGGUAAGGCAACAAAAUCCAGAUUUAGAUGAAAAGGACUUAAAUAAUAUGAUGGCACACGUUUUAGGUAAAGAAAGUAGUGCAACAGGGCCAUAUUCAUCUGAAUCAACCGAUGAUCUACAGCUAGAAGACAAUGAAGAUCAUGAAGACAAUGAAGGCUAUGAAGAUUAUGAAGACAAUCUUAUAGAAUAA